AUGCCAUUCAUGUUCCGUGUCGUCGGCGGACUCGUAUCCGCUGGCUUUGGGACCGCUGCAACGGGAUACUACACACCUUUCGUCUACGCCGGCUCAAUCCUCAUGUUGAUCGGCACUGGUUUGCUGACAACUGUCCAGCCUCAUCCGACCUCGCGGGCUGAAUGGAUCGGAUUCCAGAUUUUGUGUGGAGUCGGAAUCAGCUUCGGAGAGGAACAAGGAAUCUAUAUGGUGCAGACAACCCUCCCCGAACAGGAUGUAGCAAUUGACGUUGGCAUCAUUCCCUUCGCACAAACAUUUGGUGGGACUCUCUUUGUGUCAGUGGCGCAGACUGUUUUCCUAAAGAACAUCAGCGAAGCACUCAAAAUGAUGGCCCCGAAUCUGGAUCCUCAGAGUGUUCUCAAUAGUGCAUCCGCAGGCUCUGCUCAGACUCCACGAGCAUUACAAGCAGUUUUAGAUGCCUUGCUGUAUGAUUGGAAAAGUUUCAAGGCGAAGGAUGAUAAUGGAAACAAUGGACCUAGCAGGGACCGAGGAGCAGAGCAGGAGGCACCGGUUCGAACAGAGGGAAAGAAGGUGUAA